UUCCCGUGAGAAACGAUCCGAUCAAGUGGAUCGGAACACACGGCCGCUCGAGAUGAGAAUUACGAGGAUUCUAUGGGACGCCGCGCCGCGUCGCCUCGGUCUGCCUUUUUCUCUCCAGCCAGCGUUGCCAUGUCUGACCCGUCGCGUCGUUUUGCCCUUCUUCCAUCCGCUCAUAGAAUCUCCGGGGAAAGUGUAAACCUUCGGCCGAAAUUAAGCGAGCGGAACACGGUAGCCUGCGCCGAUCGAAGAGAAAUAUCAACGGGAAACGAGAAAUAUUUACGGAAGAGGAAAAAUUACCCUGGAAAUUGCGAUUUCUCCAACGAAGAUAACAGCUUUAGCGAAAUGCUAUUUUGGUAGCUACGACGUAUGUAUGCCGACAUUACUUGUGAAGGGAAACGCGUUAUUAACCUCUUGGCGUGCCCUUAUCCGCAGAAUCACGAUGAUUGGUGGCUUGGAUGCUUUACGAGAAUGGGGGCGCUAUCCUGACGGUGCAGCAUCACGUUAUCACCAGGAACUCCAGGAUAUCGGUGUCACACGAUAAGCACAGGACCUGGUUCCUACAUAUCAGAGAUGUACAGCAGGGCGACGAGGGGAAGUACAUGUGUCAGAUCAACACGGUCACCGCGAAAACACAGUACGGCUACCUGCACGUCGUAGUACCUCCAAACAUAAUAGACUACCAGACCUCGUCGGACGUCGUCGUGCAAGAAGGUGCCAACGUCACUUUGACGUGCAAGGCGAAUGGAAGUCCCAAACCGAAAAUUAGCUGGAAGAAGGACGAUGCCUCGAAGAUCACUAUCAACAAGACAUUAUCGGUGCUGGAAUGGAAAGGCGAGUCGCUGGAAAUUACACGCAUCUCCAGACUCGAUAUGGGUGUUUAUUUGUGCAUCGCAUCCAACGGUGUGCCUCCAUCUGUGAGCAAGCAGAUCAAAGUCUCCGUUGACUUUAUCCCCAUGCUGUGGAUCCCGCACCAAUUGGUCGGCGCGCCCUUGGGCUACGCAGUCACGCUGGAAUGCUUCACCGAGGCUCAUCCAAUUUCUUUGAAUUACUGGACCAGGGAGGACGGGGUAAUGAUUCAGAACGCGGCCAAAUACAGUGUCACCACCACGCCGGAGAAACCCUUCUACAAGACCCACAUGAUCUUAACCAUAAACAACCUAAACGAUUCGGAUUACGGCAGCUACAAGUGCAAUGCGAACAAUUCACGCGGAGGAACCGACGGCACCAUCCACCUGUACAAGUCCCAGCCGCCGAGCACCAGCCCCAGUCCGUCCACCACGGAGUUGCCGAAGAAAGAUUGGGAGCAGAUGGCUGAGAUAAACAAUUCCGUUUAUGGAAAUCCGAGCUCUUUAACGAUCCACAAUGAGAAGGGCGCGAAAAAUGGUAAUAAAUUCCAGUCGAACCUCAACGAAAUCGGGAAGUCGGAGCAAAAAUCGAACGAGCCAGAUAGAGGAAGGAAUUACAAUUGGCCCCCAGACAGCGACUCGAGCGCAGCGAUCGCAGCGACAAGCUUGCUGCUAAUGGUCGUCCUAAUCACGGUGUCGAUCAUACGAUAAACAGGACACGAAAUGAAUGCCUUCGCGCAACUGUAAUUACAGACUCGGUUAAAAGCGGACAGAACAAACUGAAUGAAUGAAGUUAAAAACGAUGCGUAGCACGUACGCACGCUGUAUACAUGGCAAGGUACACGCGUACACUCACACGUGCAGUCAGUCGGAAAGGUGUACGCGCGUGUGCCGAAUUUUAGGUGUCUCACAGGAAAAGCUGGCAUUUCGCGAUCGUUUCACGGAAAUUCAUUCGUUCCCGUUUGAAAUUAAAGAUUUUUCGAAACGAAGCAUUACCAUCGAUACAUUAAAGUAAAUCGAAGCCUCUCUCGGCGAUUAUUUACACGAUACGAUUUAUUACUCUGCUAUCCGAUUUCAUCCACGUUAAUUCGUCUUUUCGGAAUCCAAUUUAAUCCCGAAGGUCAAAUAAAUUAAUAUUCAGCGAGCAAAGCCGUUGCUCUGGGACAUUUAAAAUUUGGCAACGGCGGGCAUUUGUGACGACUGUACAUACCGACAUACACACACGCGCGCGCGCGCGCGCGCCGCACACACACACACACACACACAUACGCGCAUACAUAGAGGCACACACGAAACAAAGCGAAGCAACGGACGGAAACCGACUGAGUAUUUAGGUAGUGCCGUAUUAUGAACGGAAUAAGGAGAGGCAGAGAUAAAUAACUAAAUAAUAAGAAAUAAUAAUUUACGCGUGCCAAGUCAGUGUAGCGCAAAAGUGUCCAAAGAAGACGGAGGGGGAAAAAACGAGCUGCGCGAUAUCGCGCGAUAGAGAUCUACAGAAAAUAGCAAACGGAGCGAAACGCGAGCAAGCCGAACGAAAACGAGAAUUUCUACGGAGCAACGAGCAUGCACGAGACGUGGAGAGGAUGUGUGGGAAAGGGUCAAAUCACAAAGUGCAACGACUAUCGCUUUCAGUGUAACAUAUUGUAUAACGCCACGUAAUGUCGCCACAGAGACCGCGCCAACGAUCUCCACUUCUGCCCGCAAAUCGAGCGCGCCCGCGCGCGCGCGCGCACGCGACCGACCGCCGCCGAUUGCUUCACGCCUUUUGCGCUUCUCCCGCGAGCAAUGGAUGAUCAGUCAUUUACACUAGAUUCGAGCACGCGAACACCUCCUCUGAACUUCAGCCGCGAAUACAGUCCUCGCGUUGUCCGGCAAAAUUUCAUCGAAACCACGUCACAGAAUUCGUCGAAGGAAUCUUCGUUUUGCAAACUGCCGACCUCUUCUCGAAAUUAACAAUCUCUGGUUCCAAUAGGGUAAUGCUGCCGAAUAUGGGACCAAUUUAUUUUUAAAAUCAUAAUUCUCGAGUGGAAACAAUUUUAUUAAUAGUAGAUACGGUGUCACCGCUCGCAGGCGGUGGCUGGGUCAAUAUUGACCUGGUGUGUUCAAAUCGUUCGCUUAACCCUUUGCCGUACCGUUGUCGUUACAGUUGCAAUGAUUAGAACUCUUUCGAUCGUGAGAAUCUCUUAGAAGAAAACGGAAGUGUAUAUUUAUUGUGCGCCUACAAUUUACUAUAUCGACGACAAGGGAACAGAAUUUUAUUUCGAGUUAAAAGAACACAGUGGCAUUCAUACCAAUCAGAUAAUUACUAGAAAUUACCAUCAGACUCGUGUCAGACUCAUCAAAGUACGGCAACGGGUUAAUUACUCAAUUUCCGGCAAUUAAAUCAAAUAAAUUGCUGUUACGUCUGAGACAGUGGAAAGGCUAAUAAGACUGCAAGAAAUAUCUUCACAAAUAUGUUCUGAAAAAUUAAUGAACAAGGCUUGGAAUUCUUAUAAACAUCGUCAAUACUACAGUUGUAAAAAUGAACCGCCAGCAAGGGGUAAAGACUAAAAUAUGUAUUCUGUUGCAGUCUACUGGGAGGUACAGAAAAAAAUCCGCUUGUCUUAACAACGAGAGAACUAAAAACAUGGCAGUUUGUCUUUUUGAGAAAAUUUUGUUUUUUUCGGCAGCUACUGUAUACAGUGUGUCCGGAAAGGUUGCGGCCACGCUUAUACUAUAAAAAUACGCAUAAAAUCCAUAGUCUACUUAUAUAUUUGCAAUAAAGCAUUUUCGGACACAGGA